GGAGCAGAUUCUCUCUUACAGUUAAGCUUAAAUGUAUCAAAUGAACCAAUGUAAAUGUUCCUCUUCACUUCAUCCUGUCUAGAUCUUCUCCCCUCUGGAUGAAGCCACAGUGGUCAGGAUGCAGACUUUUAAGACGGUGGAGACCCAGGUGCCCUUUCUGAAAGAGAGUUUCUUUACCACCACUUUCAAAGGCAGGAGGAAGAGCAGCGUUACCAACCUCCUCCGUAAACAACAGAACUCACUCCUCAAUCAACACCAGUGCAUUUUAGAGCAUCCUAAACCAGUCAUUUGCACUUCAGUCGAGAAUGGACAAGGAUCGCACACUCCUGAACAUCAACGACUCGCUCGCUCGUCCAGCAGCCCGUUAUGCAAGACAGCAGAGCGUGCAGCAGCAGAUGGGGAUAAAAAGGAGGGGCAACAAGAGAGGAAGGAUAAGAGAGUGAGCGAGGCUGUGCACGGGAGGGGGGGUGAGCAAAGAGUGAGUGGUAGUGAGCCCGCGGCUGUCAGUGCCAGUCUCCUCCUCCUUUCAUCAUCAGCAUCAGCGGCACAGGGGGAGGCAGCAUCAUUCUCACAGCUGCCUUUAACUGUGGUGGGCAGACAGCAGGGAUUAGGCAGCUCUGAUAGGGCUCUGACCAACAGAGGAGAAGCAUCAAUAGCAUCCCAGGAGGAAGCCCAGCAUGCCCAGCCUCGACCCCAGCAGAAUGGCCUGUUAGCAAAGGGAGUCCGCCUGUUUAGAAACAUGGGGAACCAGGAAACAAAGCAGAAGAAAGGAGGAGGAAGUGGAGGAGCAGCAGGGGAUGUCUCCUGUGACGGCGAUGCUGACGAGAGGGAUGUGGACAAGAAAUCUAAAAAGUCCCACAACAAGAUAAGUAAAGCAGGAGAACAAGCCGGUAGGAAGAAAUCGAAGUCUGAGUCGAAGGGCUCUAUGUUUUCUGGCAUGAAGAUCAGGAAGAGUUUAUCAAAGGCGAAAGGGGUGUCUAAGGAUGAUAUGUUGGACGAUGGGCGGUCAGCACACUUGAGCAAAGCAGGGCCCACACCAAGUGCAGAGGCGUCAGCUGAUGAGAUGGGCAUGCUAUCAGAUGUCGAGACUGGCCGGAAAACAAGCUCAGGGUCGGAUGCUGACCUCUACAGUUUUCACUCGGCCGCAGCUGAACAUGAAGACCUGCUCUCUGACAUCCAGCAAGCCAUAAGAGACCAGUCCAGUGACAAGCAGGAAGUGCUUACUGUUAAUCUAUCUGAAGGACUAUCAUCUGAGGGGAAUAAAGUCCAGGAGAAGCUAGAGUCUCCUCAGCUAUUAAAUCUAGAAAAGGAUGUUUAUUCUCCUCCUGUUGGUGUUGAAUGCGUACCAAAAGAAGUAAGCGAGAAAUAUAAGAAUGUGGAGAACGAAAGCUAUGUCAUAUCAAGUAAUUCAUCUGGUACAGGAACCCCGAGUGAAAGUGGUCCAGCCUCUUCGGGCCCGGAUACAGAGAGAAGCAGUGGAAGCCUUCUCCCAAACACUAACAGCACAUACAGCUUCCACGACAAUACGACUAACAGUUCCACGUAUGAGAGUGCUGAGGAGCACCAAGAAGACUUGGAGAGCCCAGUUCUGGCUGCACAGAGCAUAAAUACAAGUGUGCCAAGUGUCUGCUUGGACCCGGUGGUGGCAGGUUCGAAGGGGCCUCACAAGAGUGUGAGCAGCAUGGACCUGUCUAUGGAGAGGGAAGAGGAAACCGGGAGACGGGACUUCCUCUCUCUAAAAAGGAGGAAGAGUAGUUUGUCAUUUAGUCUGCUAACGCCAGACGUUCCUCAGCAUAGGCGGACAUCCUCCACCGUCUCCCCUUCAACUGUCAAACUCUACCCUCCAGUCCACCCCUCCUAUGUUAAGACCACCACCAGGAAUCUCACCUCUCCAAUUGGCUCCCCUAUUACCAGUCCCAAUGUGCCCAGGAAAACAGAUGUCAACGAUGCUGCUGUAGAAUCGACCCAGGUAUUAAGAAAGCUCAAGAAGAGGUCUUGCUCAGUUGCUGGGUCCCUCAGUGGGGCAGCAGACUGGUUAACAGAGUUAGAUAAGCUAAGAAGGAGGCAGAGUGGUGAGGCCACAUUUCCAGAGCAGGAGACACCUGAGAAGGGAAACACUGGCGGGAACUACUGGACCCUGGGCUCCAGGAGAGCACAGUAUGGACGGCAGGCCUCCACUUCCACAGUGCCCUACCUGGACGUCUUCUCUGGUCGCACUCUUCUAGACUGGCUGUGUAUGCAUCAUGAAGACGGGUCUACAGAAGAGGAGGCGAAGGAACUGUGUCAGCGACUGUUGGUCCAAGGUCUGCUGCAGCCUUUCAGUGACAGCACAGCAGAGCCCCAUGGUGACAGCCCUGUCUCAGCACUCUUUAAUGAGGAGCAGCUGUACACCUGGGCAUCUGUCGGCCUGCCAGUUUCCUCUCACCUGUGGGAACUGUAUGGGGGGCGACCCACAGGCAGAGAACAAAGCUUGAGAUCAUGUUUGCAUCAAUCAGCCAAGACCCCAGGAGCUCUACCUGCUCAGACAGACUCCAGCAGGUUGAAGUCAGGUCAGUCGUCCUCGGAGGAUGAAAGCUGUCUCAUCCCUCAGCUGGAGCGGACCAUCGAUGACCUGCGGAUUAAGAUUGCUGUGUUGCAGGGCCAGCAGGCUUCCUUGGCAAAGGGCAGCGCUGAUAAUACUGGAUCUCUGGGUGCUUCCCACCACAAGGCCUCACAGAUGACGGGAGGAAGAUUGGGGAAGAUGAGCCAGGAGGUGUCUGUCCAGACCUCACCUGUGGGGGAGGGCUUUAAGUUUGACGUGCCUUUCAGCAGAGGAUCAGGCAGCGUGCCGUCUCCUGUUUCAUCCUCCAUCCCCAAAUCUACAGAGAGCUUUGUCUGCACGUGCCAGCAGAGACAACAGAGCGGUGCCCAUCAAACUCCCCCACCUCCACCACCUUUACCAGGGGGUGUCGCUCCUCCUCCCCCACCACCUCCCCCGCCCUUACCCGGGUUUGGACCUUGUCCACCUCCGCCUCCCCCUCCUCCUCCUCCACCACCAGGUUUUGGACCUCCUCCACCCCCUCCUCCUCCUGGUUCUGGACCUCCACCCCCACCUCCUCCCCCGCCGGGUAUGGGUCCACCUCCUCCACCUCCUCCCCCUGGAAUGGGACCCCCUCCUCCACCGCCGGCCCCGGGCUUUGGGCCUCCACCACCACCAGGCUUUAUGCCCUCCAUGUCUCCCCCUGGAAUGGGACCCCCUCCUCCACCGCCGGCCCCGGGCUUUGGGCCUCCACCACCACCAGGCUUUAUGCCCUCCAUGGCGGUGCAGGAAGCUGGCCCUGCCAAGGCUAUGAUCGAGCCCCCCAAGCCAAUGAAGCCCCUCUACUGGACACGCAUACAGCUGAAUGCUAAAAAGUCCAGUGCACUGGUGUGGGACACAAUCGAAGAACCAAGUGUAGACUUUGAAGAAUUUGUUGAUCUAUUCUCCAAAGGUGCUGUUAAGGUGAAGAAAAAGCCAAUUUCCGACACAAUCAGCAAGUCAAAGGCCAAGCAGGUGGUGAAGCUCUUAAACAACAAGCGUUCACAGGCUGUGGGUAUUCUGAUGUCCAGCAUCCACCUUGAUAUGAAGGACAUCCAGAAUACCGUUCUAAAUAUGGACAACACUGUGGUUGAUCUGGAGACUCUGCAAGCCCUUUAUGAAAAUAGAGCUCAAAAUGAUGAGUUGGAUGGCAUUAAAAAGCAUAUCAAAUCAUCACAAGACAAGGAGGAUGCCAAGCCACUGGACAAGCCUGAACAGUUUCUAUUCCAGUUAUCCCAAAUCCCCAACUUCUCUGAACGAGUGUUCUGCAUCCUGUUUCAGUCAACUUUCCAUGAGUGUAUCACCUCAAUCCUCCGCAAAGUAGAAAUCCUUCAGAGGGUUUGCAAGACUAUCCAGGAUGGUAAGUGUGUAUUGCAGGUGCUUGGCCUGGUGCUGGCUUUUGGCAACUUCAUGAACGGAGGUAAUCGGUCUCGAGGGCAGGCCGACGGCUUCACCUUGGAUAUUCUGCCAAAACUGAAGGACGUUAAGAGCAGUGAUAACUCCCAGAGUCUUUUGUCCUACAUUGUUGCUUACUAUCUAAGGCACUUUGAUGAGGAUGCUGGUAGAGAGACGUGUGUCUACUCUCUGCCCGAGCCCCAGGACCUUUUCCAGGCCUCCCAGAUGAAGUUUGAGGACUUUCAAAGAGAUCUGCGAAAGCUAAAGAAAGACCUCAAUGCCUGCUCAGCUGAGACGGAGAAAGUUUGCAAGUUUUCCUCUGAAGAGAACCUUCAACCCUUUAAGGACAAUAUGGAGGAAUUUAUUUGCCAAGCCAAAACCAAACUGGAAGCUCAAGAGAAGCAACUGGCUGACACUGAAAAGAUCUUCUUGGAGCUGACCAUGUCCUUUUCAGUUAAACCCAAGGCAGGGGAAAAAGAGGUUUCACCCAACACUUUCUUCUCCAUUUGGCACGAGUUUUCCUCUGAUUUUAAAGACCAAUGGAAGAAGCAGAAUAAGCUGAUGUUACAGGAACGGGUCAAAAAGGCUGAAGAGAGUUUCAAACAGGCCAAGGAGAAAGCUUCCUACAAUGUGAAACCCAAACACGCAACUGGAAUAAAAGCAAAGUUGGGUCAGAAGAUCUAACGCUGAGAAUGGAAAAUUAUCAUCACACAGCCUAUUGCACAAGCAGUGUUUGUACAAUAUGACAUGACUCAUCAGUCAUUUUUGCAACGUGUAUUUGCUUCCGGUAUUUGUUUUCAAUUGAUUUAGACCUGAUGUUUACUGUCAGUUGGUUGAAAGUGGAUAUUAUAUUGUUUAGAAGUUGAAUGAAAAAUUACAUUCUCUGACCCCCUUUCAUAGCACCUGCAUAAUUAAAUGAAAUAUUGCUUCCAAAAGACAUUUAUCAACUGAGAUGAUUAAAUGUAGUUGAGUCAUUUGCCAGAAAAUGCUCAGAGGAGGCGGAAAUUUGUAGCAACACAAUAUCCAAGCUUUCUCAGUGUUUUAUAAGCCAUAUGUAGGAAUUUGUGCAAUUCCCCUGCCUUGUUCACUAGAAAGGCAUGAAAACGUCCUUUUUAUAUCUUCCGUAUUGGUAAAGAUCAAAGAAUUUUAUAACAUUUCUACAUGGUGGGUAUGGAUCAUCUGCCCGACAAAGUGCCUUUUCGCACAUUGUAGGAGUCAAAUCAGUGCUGUAGAACAGAGCUUUUUCUUUUUAGACAUAUCAUCUGUUAUUAAAUGUUACAUGUAGAGAAGAUACAUAUGUUCUACAUAGGCUGGAACAUGACACAUUUACUAAGUUAGUUUCAGAAUCUAGGUAUAAUUACAAAAAUGUUUUACAUACAACUGCUUCAUUUGUCUUUUCAACAAAUAAGGUCAUGAACAAGUAAGUGGUGUAAUCGUAUAUAGAUAAAGACUAUUGUUUUUUUUCUCCAGUAUCAUCAACUUGCUUUGUUUUAAGCAAAAACCCUAUGCAGUUAGUUUUGCCUUUCCUCCUACCUGUGAGUGUGUGAACUCCCAUAUGCAAUUGGACCAUGUGACGUGACGUGUGCGAUACCAACAAUGUGUUUCAUUGAAUACCCUUGACCACAGAAAAAUUAUAUUUAUUGCAUAAAAGAAAUUACAUAAUUUGUAAUAAAAAAUUCUGCUGUU